GUCAAGGAGGAGUCAACAGGGAGGUUAUAUAAAGCCCCACACCGUUGGUUGUUUGCCACCUUCCACGCACAUCCUAUCAGGCAUUUCCCCCCUCGACCGUCCUCUGCGGCUUGUGAAGCAGUGGGUCAAACAACGACGCUAACACUGGAGCUGUAAAAUUAACAACGGGGUGAGUCGACAAAGUCGCCAUGGAGUUACAGUUACUCUGCUCAUGUACAUUUUGUGUGGUUUGCACGCGGAGACGCUGAAACUGUUUUUCCUCGAAACGUUGCAGUGACGUUACAGUGGGGAACGUUUUGAAAUAACCGUCGUCUGAUUUGAACGUUCGAUCUGUCAUAACGGUCGAGUCGCAUCAAGCGCUCGAGAGCAGUGCUCGUGAGUUGACCGUUGUGACUCUGUAGCAUGUCCAUGCUAACUAGCCUGCAGUGGCUGUCUAUACCUAAACCGAAAGCUGCAUAGAUAUUUGAAAAUAUGUUUUUAUGGCUAAGGUGUGGCAUUGUAACAGGUUAUUUUGUAUGAUACCGCCCCAGUUUGGUUUAGUCAUAUAGCUGCUUAUAACUUAACAGUCGAGCUAAACGUGGGUGGUGAAGUAGUUAGCUGCUGCUGCUGUUGAGCUGAUUGUUUGUGUCACCCCAUGUACAUGUGACGGAUUUUGGGAAAACUAUCCUGCUUCAGUCUCAUUCACUGUCUUUCUCUAAAUGAAGAGAAGCUUUACAGAUGUAUAUUUUAAUUCAAUGUUUUUGGCAAGGGUUGUAACGCUGCGGUGUGUUUUUUAUUGUUCGCAGGGCUCCCGUUUAAAGCGCCGCAGCAAGCUGACCAGCCAGCGCAGUGUGAUCACUUGCGACUCUCUCUGAAACGACCAAUCGUUUCUGAGAAGUUGGAAUUGAUAUCCCGAAAUAUUAAACCACUGCAGCCGCCGCACAUCCACCAAAAAUUACCCCAAAUCGAAGCAAAAUGGUUCAAAAUAAGAUAACCGAAGUCACUGGAUUUCAUCGCUCUUUCAAGGUGAGUCGUGGGUUUGCACAUGAGGUGCCUCGAUCAUGCCCAUUGGGAAGUCCCUUUUUAUUUGACCACAUUUGUCAGCGUGUAUCAGAGGACCUCACCUCGCUAAAUAUAAACACAUCUGUCACUUUCAAAUCUAAUGUUUGACAAAUUGGCUGUGUGGCCUGGUGUCACGUGUAUGUUCAGCUAAGUAAAGUGACUCGAUGAGAUGGCAGCUAGGAGUUGUGCCAGAGUGUCAGCCUCAUGCAUUCAUAUGAAGCCAGCUGAGUUGUGCUGUGUUUGGGUGCACUUCUGAGUGAAGUUAGCUUUUUAAAAUGUUGUGCUAAACAUUUGUGACUGUUUUCGUAAGUUACUGACCAUCAGCUGUAUUCCUGUCUUGUGUAGACUUUAGUUUAUGGUAGGAGGAAGUAAGAUAAGAAACACUCUUAUCAGUUAAGCCUGCUAUUGAUGCUUUCAGCUAAAUAGUUCAUUGAUAAGGCACUGUAAAAAGCAUUUUUUCUACUAUUUUCUUAGGGCCAAAAUCCUUUUGACUCUGACGACUUCACCAAAAAUGGAUCCCAUCUUAUUGAUUCGUCUUUUAAUUUUGAUCCCUCCCCAAGACACGGUGAGUUAUGUGAUUCAGUCAUUUUUUUGUUGUUUCAGAAAAUUAUUUUAUAGCAAACGAACAAUCCAAACAAAAUCACAAGUUGGCCUCUUGACGUUGUUUGGAUCGUGUCCCAACCUGCAUAUAAUAACAUUGACACUCCUAUUGUACCAGACAUGCCUUCCAGCCAGCCUAUCGACAUCCCCGAUGCCAAGAAGAGAAACAAGAAGAAAAAGCGUUGCAGGGCAACUGACAGUUUCUCUGGCCGAUUUGAGGGUAAAAACCGUUGCAGCUAUAGAGAAUGUCCUCCAUUUUGGAAAUUGAUUUGACACUAACUUGUUAAACUUUGCUAUAGAUGUCUACAGACUGCAGGAAGAGGUAUUAGGAGAGGGCGCUUACGCCAGAGUGCAAACAUGCAUCAACCUCAUCACCAACAAAGAGUAUGCUGUAAAGGUAAGCCAGUGAACACUCUCAAACACUUAAUGACUAGCUCUUUUAUAUUGAAAGCAUUGGCAUAAGAAUAGAGCCCUACUUCUUCAAGUCAGUUCUCCCCUCUCUCACGAGUCUGUUAAUUUGUCACUGCUGCAUGACACUUGCCUGCUGCUGGUGUGAGCUGGCUGUGAGCUGUUAAAUUGAUAGGACUACUUGUUGACCUCAUUGCUUAUGAAGGAUAAAUGAAGUUUUACGACGUCUUUUUACAUGCUAGAGCCUAUUAUUGUCAGUCACUGUUGAGAGCCUUAAGGAGGAGAACUAUUUGAGAGGAUGUACUGUAUGUGACUUUGUCCAUGUUGCUCUUUUUUGUGGUCAUUCUUUAAAAUUUCUGAAGCGGUUCAGAUCCCAGAGGCAGGAAACUACUUUUUCUUUUUUCUUCUUGUGCAGCUCUCUAACAGAUGUGUGCAGGCUCUCUGCUGUGCUGUGCUACUGCUGCACUCUUUCUCUUUUUUCUUUUCUUUUCUUCCUGAAUGUGCAACACUAGCUGGUACUAAAAGACCCUUCCCCUAGCUGUUUUCAGAGUUUUUCAGCCAAUCACAGUGUCGGAAGAGACAUACCCACCCCUUUCUUUUACUUCUGCUGCCUAUAGGGGACGCUCGAAGUGAGAACAUUGUGUACUGCUAACUGUGCCAAAACAAAACCCACAGAAAGAGUGAGGGAGGAGGGGUGCUGUGUGAGAGUUAUGACCCAGGGUGUUUACACUGCUUUGUUCUGCCUCUCACUCAGCUUGUUGAACUUUUUUCCCCUCCUUUUCCUCUCCAAAUGGGGUGUGGACUAAUACAUGCAUGUCUUGACUUGUGGGGACUUCCUUUUUUGCUUUUUACUGGUGAUGCUCAUUUCCUCAUUUGUGAGAACAAAAAAUUGUUAGAUAUUUUUGGCUCAAGUGCCGAAAGUUAAACUGGGGUUUGCUUUGUUUUGGUCAAGAUUUUUACCUGUAACCUAUAAAUGCAAUGCACUCCUGGGCGGUGGAUUUCGCAGGUUUAUUCACAUGAAGGUUGAUGUGAGGUGUUGAAAAAUGAAUGCUAGUUCCCCAUAGAGCAAGUGUCUAUGUUGUCCCCAUUAAUGUUUCAGAGGAAUUGAAGCACGGGUUCUGUGAUCUGUUGCUUUUGUUUACCCUUGGUCGGUUUGGUAGAUCCCUUGAGACUUUGCAGCUCUUGGGGGAGGAGGCACGGUGGUCGCCAGUUAUUGGGAGGUCAUUCAGUCGAGGGGGGGCUCAGACUGUUCCUGCCAGAUGUCCUGUCUCUCCCCUCCCCCUCCAGACUGGGGUAGUAUGUGUGGCUUCCUUGUGUUGCAAUAGCAACAAAAGCCUUUAAACACCAAGGAAGCGCAGAGGGCUGUGCAGUGCAUGCCUAUCUGACGAUCUGGUUUUCAAUCAAAUGCUUCUUGCCAAAGGUGUUAUUUCACAACACUGACUUAAUGAUUGACGAUGCAGUGCGACCUUGUAGGGACUUGUUUUGGUGCUGUGAUUCAGGUUUGUGAUCUCUGGUAAACACCCAUAAAGCUAUCUCUCAAAUUCCUUUUGACCCCUUUCCUCCUAUCAUUUAUUAAUGCAUUUAUUGGCCACGAUUUUUACGUAUGAGUUUAUCUGCACGUGUCAUUAUCAGGGUGGGAGGAUUGUAAAGUUAUCAGAUGAAAGUGAGCUGAUUGGGGAGCUGUUUGUGCUGCUGACUCAGACUAGAACAGUGCAGAGGCUUUGGACUGCUCACUGGCCUCUUGUCUGUUCAUUAAUCCUGGACGCACACACCAAAACUCUGGCCCCACUGAGCUUCAAUAGCAGCUGUAAUCCGGCUACCAGGAAGAAAAACAUGCACAACCUCCCAAGCAGACAAUAACUAACCAGGGCUGGAAAAUUCAGGCCUUUUUGCUUCGGUGUCAGCAGUCUAUCAUUCUUUCUCUCUUGGCAGGGCAUCAUGCGGCUGGUGGCCCCUCAGUGGUUCAGUUCCAGGCAGCACAAAGUUAUAUUUAGAAAAGCAGUUUUGUUGUUAUCGUCAACAGUUUUGGAUGAGCUCAUGGGACAUUGCAAAUGAACACUUAUGACUCCUCUGGAACACUUAAGAUAUAAAUAUGGGUCACACAUGAAGGCUAAAUAUAAUACAGCUGCGACUUGUUUCUUUUUCAUUCUGUUCUGUCAGUGCUUUGGAACCUUCUCUGAAAGUAGGUUAGAACUAUCUCGACAACUGUGUCACAGGGUAAGAUAGAGGUAGAGCAGCAGGGAAAAAAUGUAGGGCUGGAAGAAAAUGAGCCACAGGGCUCUGUGUAUGGUAUAUGUAAUCCAUGUAAUACCACUCAGUCUAAACACAGCCACAGGGACGGGGUUUUGUGAUGUGGUCCAAGGGGAAAUUUUCUUCAUGUAUCACCUCUCACAAACAAACUCAGACUUUGAUUGUCCUCUUAUGUACUGUGGACUAAACUGAGAUAAUGUGACUGAUGCACAUUGUUUUUCUGUUCCAGAUCAUUGAGAAAAGACCAGGUCACAGUCGCAGUCGUGUCUUCCGCGAGGUUGAGAUGCUCUACCAGUGUCAGGGCCACAGGUAAUGUCCUGUCAUUUUCAACUCUAGUAAUGCCACCUGAUGAAUUUAUGGCGACUUAACAGCAGACUGAAGACCCUGACCCAGUUGUGCAGAAUCUUGUUUGUGUGAAAGCCCUGAGUCUCUUUAAUCCACUCUGAAGAAAACAAAUACUAUCUCCAGAUACUCUGUAACCAUUGUGCGUUUUUUUCCCCUCUCUGCAGCAAUAUCCUGGAGCUGGUGGAGUUCUUUGAAGAGGAAGAAAAAUUCUACCUGGUCUUUGAAAAGCUUAGAGGAGGUGAGUAAAUUACAGCUGCUGCUGCUGCUGCAGGAUGACUGCAUCACAUCCAUUUAUUUAUUUUCCAAAUCUUCCCGGCAUACGCACUCUCUUGUGUGGCCAUUUGUUUGUGUCUGUGUAAGGGAAGGCUUUCAUUUUAUGUUUUGUGCUUGUAAAUAAAGCUGUUACUCUUUUUUUCCGCCCAUCCAUUAGGGUCAAUCUUGGCACACAUUCACAAGAGACGGCACUUCAGUGAGCAGGAAGCCAGUGUGGUUGUGCAGGACAUCGCCAGUGCUCUGGAUUUCUUGCAUAACAAGGGUAAGACCACUUGAACUAAAGGAUGAGCAAUUUAGUUGUGUGUCACUCACCAAAAUAAGACAAGCCCAAGGGCGUAAGUGUAUCUGAAAUGGGUGUGGAACAGAAGUUGAAUGUUAUUUUCUUACAGUAGUUUCAGUGGUUAUGUUUAUAUAUUAUUUCUUGCUUUAGGCGCACAUUUUUCUAACCUAGACAAAUGUUUUCUUUUCUCAUUUCUAGGAAUGGCACAUAGAGACCUGAAACCUGAAAACAUUCUCUGUGAGAGUGCAGACAAGGUGAGCUCACCACAACUAUUUCAAAAGGGAAUUUAAUAUGGUAUCCAAGCAUGAUCAAUAGUUCUAAUAUGAUACAAAUGGAAAUCACAAUAAUAACAUGGGAGAAACAAAAACAUCAUUACUUGUGUCUCUUUGCCAGAUCUCCCCAGUGAAGAUCUGUGACUUUGACCUGGGCAGCGGGAUCAAGCUGAACAGCGACAGCUCACCCAUCUCCACCCCUGAGCUCCUCACUCCUGUAAGUCUACUUGAUUUGUCUCAAAAGUUAAGCAUUACCAUAAAGAAAAGCUGGAUGGUGGUUUAAAAUGCAAUGCUGGUUGGCAAUCUAAAUGUAGCUCAUGAAACAAGGAAGAGAUUAAUCUGUCACAAAGUCUCGGUCACAUGUCACUAAACAGUGCUUGGUCUUCUUGUUGUGGAUAAGCUGGGUGUUUUUAAGCUGUAAAACAAUGUCUUAUCAGGGCCAAGGCUGCCUGCUGAUUGGACAAGUCUCAGUGGUGUUAGCUACGAGGAAGCUUGCUGAUUGGUGGAGAAAAUGAAUGUUGUGGUGGGGUUAUGAUAGUUCAGUGUUGUGCAGGCGCUGAAAUGAGGCAAAUUGUUUCCUGAUUGUCCCAAUCUGGCUGAUUUGAGCUCCCUUAUCUUCCUAAAGUACUGGCAAUGCUUGGAGAGAUAUCCCUGAGUUUAAAGUCAACGUCCUGUUGCUUAUCAGUCGCAAAUAUUGAGAGCCAUGAGUUUGGAGGUUAUGAUUGUUCAGCCGUCCUGCUGUCGUCACAACACAAAGCAAAUGCUCCUCUGCGGGACCCUUUGAAACCUCUUAGUGGAAUGGUAAAGUCAAACUGGCAAGUACUCUGCUUGUGUAAACAAAUACCCUGUCUGACUGCUUGUUGUCUGGGGAUCUGGAAAGAUGUACCAGAGCAGGUGAAGGAUAGAAGUUCAGCCUGCAGGAAUGUAAGGGUGGGCCGGGGGUUCACCACGUGUAACUUCAUCUCCAGAGAAAUAAUGGGUAGAGAGCCCAACCCUGAAAUAUCUGAAGGGGGCCUGGAGGCCUCACAUGUUUAGUCUACAUGGUUCAUGUUGGGCUUAUGUAUCUGUGUGUCUGAUAGUGUGCAUUCAGACUAUCAACUUUGUCAGAUACUGUACAAUAAACACAUCUCGGCAGCUUCAAAGUUGAUACAAUUUUCUGUACUGGGUUCUUUAUUAAAUAACUGUCCUUGGUUAUGAGCAAAAUUUCAAUGGAAGAAAAGUAGAUACAUGAGGAAGGACACAGUUUGGUAGCCUUGGUGUUUAAUAAGGCCGCAGGGAACGCAUUGUGACUUUUACAAGGCCAUGUCCUGUUGUACCCAGUUCCCUUGAAACCAAAACACACUGACUCUUGACUGUUUCCCUUUCUCUCUGCGGUAUGAGAAAAACAUCCCCUCUCUCUCUCUCUCUCUCUCUCUUUUCUGCUCAGUCUCCGCCCAGUGGCCCCAACCACGCUUGUGCUGGUCUGCGCUUUCAUUAUGCUCUUUAUACAAAAGGCUGUGCAUAAGGCUUGUUCUGGAAAUUUUGCUCUUUGCCCAUAUACCUAGCAACUGCAGCGUGAUUGGCUAGACUUGUAGGAGGGGGGUGGGUAACUAGGAGGGACAAAAGCCCAGGCUGCUCAUGCGCCCUGGCUUGUUUUCUUUGCCUUGAUCACAGGAACAAUGUUAUCUGAUUUUCAUCUGACUAUUUGCAGUCUCUCCCUCCCCCCUCUCUGCCCACAGUUGCUAUUGGACAAUAUUAUGUGUGCGUUUGCAUUUUUUCCUAAUUUUUCUGAUCUAGCCUCACGGGUUUAAUGAACUUUAACUAAGCCUAUUAAUAAGUUUUACUGUGGGUGGUUUUUGCAUUCUCUCUUGUUAAAGCUAGAAUGUCAGUAACUCUGAAAUAAGGAGGACCUUUCCAGGAAAAAGCUAAUUAUAGUCUGUGGAUGGUGCUGCACAUGUAGCAGCUUGUCUGGCUGCUUGACAUGAAAUAGAUCCAACUGUUCAGAUGUCGAAGCCCACGUGCAGCAGUUGAUAACUGUGGUGUACAACAUGGAGACAACACUCAGAAAGAAGUCUGAGAACUGCCUCUCGUUCUCCCGUUACAGAAUGAGGUGCAGCCACAUGGAGACGGAACAGGUUUCCCUCCUGUAAGCCUAUUCUUAUAAUCCUGUUGUUGGUUUACAAACAGAGGUGUGCGUCUUCAGUGCUGUCAAUAUGGCCUGACUAGUCACAUGGUUUUAGGAAAGCCCCAGGUUAUGAUCAUGACAAACUCUGCGGAAACCAUAAUCAGCUGACUCGCAGCAACUGCAGCUUACAGGAAGGUAUGAUGAGAACAUGUCUGAUCAAACUAAUCAGGUGUUUGCGUGACAGCAGCACAGGAAGGAAAGUGUUUCUUCAAGCAUUUCUUGGUAGUUUUGGAACAAGAUUAGCCACAGAGGAGACCGGCCUUUCACUUUCAGAGCAUCUUUAGUAGGCAGAAAUAUCCUGCAUGUGUCUUUCAUUCAUUUCUGUGGCAGCUGCGUUUGGCCUGAAUCCUGGGAGCUUGUCUGUGGAGGCAGUCGCCCCAGACGUGAUGUUGUUGGUGGAAGCGUGGGGGGUUGGGGUUUUUUCCUCUUCAAUAGGCGCAGCUUUGUCUGGGUCUAGAUUCCUGUGCAGCAAAUUUCAUUACAUAAGGGUGUAUGGCAGGGUGGAGGAGGAGGAGUUAGGAGACAGCUGGGAUACGGCACUGGGACACAAUAGAUCCAUGCUCAGUGUAAACAUGCUGCCCAACAGAUGGAAGAAAGGAUACAGGCCAGAAUGGUCUGCCAAGUUUUAAACCUGAUGUUGAACAAAUGCUUUAAAAACAAGUACACAAAGAUGGACCAAGGAUUUUAUCAGAGGAUGUCUACGUUAAGAGCAUAAACCAGAAACUCAAGAAAAAAACAAAAAAGAGGCAUCAAUUCAAUGUCUUUUCCACAGAUAUAAGUAUGUCCCGCUGAACUAGCGACCUGCUCUUUUUUCCUGUUCCCCGAGUAUUAAAACAGCAUUUGGUGCUUGUGUUUCCGAGUUACAUAACUGAUGAGGGUUCAGCCCAGUCUUGGGCUCUGCAGGACAACCAAUCCUCUUUUCUCUGCUCAGUGUUUGGCCUAAUUUCUCUCCUAGCUACAUAACAAGGCACAGUCAGAGCCGGGCCUGUGAUUGCCCCGAGUCCAUUCUGCCCGCCUUGUUUACAGCUCAAUGGUCAAAGUAGUGACUGGCUGCUGGCUGUUUACCCUCACUGACCUGCUUCAUUAUAGCUCAGCCCUCCCUUCCUCUACCCUGGAUACUUAAUUGUACACUACGUUCCUACUUAGGUGUCCCCAAGACAUUGAGGAAAGCUGCAUAUAGCACAUUUUAAAUGGACCCAUUGCUGCAGCUAAAGCAUGUGACAGUCACAUAGGCUGCCCCCCCUCCACAAUACAGCCCCACAGUGGGCCCCAUGCUCGAGCAUUUGAACCACGAGGUAUCAGCUGAGCUCAAGAAUGUGGGCAGCAGCUAAAACAAGCUUUUCUCUUUCUUGACCCUUUUUUUUUCUGCUGUGGUCACUGCUAUUAGACAUCACUUUGACUCACAAUCCUGUCCCUCUCGCUCUCUUUGUCCAACAGUGCGGCUCAGCAGAGUAUAUGGCACCUGAGGUGGUUGAGGCUUUCAGUGAGGAGGCCACAAUUUAUGACAAGCGCUGUGACCUGUGGAGCCUUGGAGUAAUCCUCUACAUCAUGCUGAGCGGCUACCCUCCCUUUGUAGGCCGCUGUGGUGGUGACUGUGGUUGGGAAUUAGGGGAACCUUGCCACACCUGCCAGGUAGUACAUCCUAUUAACCCUUUAGCUUGCCUCUCGUUAAGAGCAUUAUUGUAUCUGAAAACAAGGUACACUGUCUCACCAAGCAGGAAACUAAAAGGGAUUUUUUUUCUCUCUCCACCUCUAGAACACUUUGUUUGAGAGUAUUCAGGAAGGAAAAUACGAGUUUCCAGAGAAAGACUGGGCUCACAUCUCCUCAAGUGCCAAAGACCUUAUAUCCAAACUUCUGGUUCGAGACGCCAAAAACCGCCUGAGUGCCAGUCAGGUGCUGCAGCACCCCUGGGUGCAGGGGGUAGGUCCAAAAAUAAUCAAGCCUCUUCAGCAUGUUUUUGAAAGAAAUGCUUCAUAUCUAUUAAAAUGUUCAGUUUCUAAAAAAAAUCCUCCUUUCCAUUUAUUUUUUAGGGUGCAUCUGACACUUUGCCAACAUCAAUCGUGCAUCAAAGGUGAGACCACGGAUACAUAAAGGGAGACUGCACCCUUUAGCAUACCGAAGUAAGAUUUAGCAGUGGGUUGGACCUUAUUGACUGACUGUCUUUUCUGUGUUUCAUCAGAACCAGCAAUGCCAGGGAUCUGACUUUCUUUGCUGGCAAAGCCAUGGCUGUGAACAGACAGCUGGCUGAACAGGACGGUAUGGAAGACCAGCAGCAGCAGGAAAUCCCAUUUGUUGUUACCGCUACUGGUUCUUCUAUGCGCCUAUCUCCUCCUUCCAACUCCAAGCUGGCCAGACGCAGGCAGCGGAGCAACCAGCCGAAAGGAGGGCCAGUCUCUGCUGCUGAACUUCGACAGCUCUUGGCCCCUCUUGUUAUUGUGGGAGACUGUGCCUGAACAUUGUCAACCCUGACCUCUGACCUUCUGUUAAAGAUACAAGACCAGACUGCCCUGAGACUCUCCCUCUCCGACUCUGGCCCCUCUCCCUGACUUGCUGGCCCUGGUCCUCUGCCAUUCAGGCUUUUUGCCUCGCUGUACAUGGAGAUGUAAAUUACAUCCCUCUCUCAAUGCCUUCUGCCCUUCUGCAGCACUUCUGAAGCACAUCAGCCCGGGGCCAGCAUAUAGCAAACACACACAAAUGUGCAUGUCACAGUUUGGGAGGAGGGCCAGUUCACGAUUUGGGAGAGAGAGAGAAAGAAAGAAGAGUAUUUUCUAAGUUAUUUUCUUUUUUCCAUGAAACUUAGUUCAGAAGAAAUCAGAACAUUUAUCUUUUCGAAACUAAGCUCAGACACCAAAGGACAACCUGUUGUGCUGCUCCCACGUUACAACUGGAUCCACUGUGAAUUAAGUUAUCUGGAAUGUUCUCUUUGCCUGUAUGUAUAUGCACGAACAGCCCCUCUGCAGAUACGUACAAGCUUAUGCAAUAUGCCAAGGUGAAGGCUGUUUAUGUCUCCAAGGGAUUCAGUCGAAGGGUUUGGAAGGGCUGUAAGCCAAUGCUGUCCGUGCCUGGUGCAGACCAUUAUGUGGCUGGGGACUUCAAAGAUUUUUUUUUCUUUUCCUUAAUUCGAGAUGAAUUUUUCAACACUGAGCCUCUUCUGUAAAACGUCAGAGAUGACAAACAAGCAUCUAGCUUGGUGGCCAUGCACUUACUGCUCCUCGAUAGAGCAAGGAAUGAUUGUCAAAACCCAUUCAUACACUCAUUCAUACUGUUGAUUUAAUGAACAUGUCAAUUAUCUCUACCACAGCUUUCAGUAUUUUCAGACCUUUAGGCAAGUCUAAUAGUAUUGAACUAAACUAUUGCACUUGAUUUUUGAUGCAGGGCCACCUCAAAAUUCGACAUCUGACCUUGCUCUGAAGUAUAUCAUUGGAAUGUUUGUACAAGCGAAUUAUGUCAAAUUACGAGGCAAGCUCAACUGGGUCAGUGUUACUGUCAUUGUAAAGAAUUCAUGACAUGUCCCCUUGCCACAACCAGAACUUGUAUUUUUCUUUUUCUUUUGUUCUACAAGUCAAUUUUUGCAUUAGAUUUAACCUUGAAUAUGGCAGUAAAGGUUAGAAACUCCUCCCCAGGGGUUUGAAUAGCACAUUUUUGGCCAACAUGACCCGAGUGUCAAUUAAUGAUUUGAAUACAUUCAUUUGGACCAUCAUUUUUUUGUCUUGUUUUUGAUGUUACCCCUUUCUAAAAGAGACAGAUAAUUCUCAAAAACAAAAUGAAGAGGCGGGUAAGACUCAGAAAAAAACCUCAUUAAAAAAAAAAAAUCAUUAAAAAAGGAAAAACAUUCCACAAAAAGAAAAACAACAAAAAAAAGUCUUCCACAAACGUGUAGCUGUAUUAAGUUUACUUUAUUUUUCAUGUUUGAAAACUCCAUGUCAAUGUGCCACACUGAUUUCUUUUUCCCCUUUUUCUUUUGUAUGGCUGUUAAUAAGCUUUUAUUUUCUACAUGGUGAUUUUCAUGCAGGUGCUGUUCAGUUCAGGUGAAACACCGGAUGUUUUCCUUUAAUUUUUUUUUAAAUGUUUUGUGUUUUUAAAAGUUCAGAGUAUGUGGUGUUUGAGAGGAGAGAGAAAGUUUUGUUGAUCUGGAGCGGUCAUGCCCAGUGAAGGCGAGUUUUUAAGUUUUAUUUUUUUAUGUAUAAGAGUUGGCAAUAAUCUUUUUUUUUUGUUGUUGUUUUUGUUGUUGCUCAGAUUAAGUUCAUUAAGCUCAUUUGAAACUGACAGGUAAUGGACUUGGUGAUGAGGUCUCACAAAACUGUAGCCAUUUCACCAAAGAGGGUUCAAGUCGAAACGUUGAACGUGUGAUCCAUCACCUGGCAGUGAGAAGUGAGGACUUCUGAUUGUCCACGUCCUGUUGCCAGCACUGCAGCGACGGUACUCUCUACUAAGUGGUGUCCAAGGACCCAUUAAUGCUGAUAAUAGGACACUGUAAUAGUUCUGAAAUACUUUUCUACAGAUGCAUCGUUAUGGGGUUUUAUGUCUUAUAAUAAGACUUACUUGAAUUUGUGUAUGCAGCUGUUUCUUCUCCACUUGGGAAACUACUUUGCUAUCAGUAAUCUCAAAAGCAUUAAGCUGAGAAUCAAGGCAAUCUUUGGGUUUUUGAAAAUACCAAUACAGUUCAGUAUUCUGCCUUUUUCUCCCUUUUGAGCAUCAGACAAGUUAGUCCCUAAUUUUUGAUAGGGUUGGAUACUCAGAAGCGCACAGACUUUGACCAUUCUCUGUAAUUUCCUUAAUGGUAUUAUUAGAGUUCUCUUGGUCAUGACCAUUUCUACUUUUGUCACGUGGCAGUGGCUCUUAGGACUGCCUUUUAUUGGGGGGGAAGGGGACAAAAUGAUAUCUCUAAGCCCCGCAAUUUUGUAUUGUGAGUCAUUUUGAAGUAAGGAGGUGUUAAAUUCAGUGAUUCAGUCAUUUAAAUGGACGGUCCAUUAUCAUCAUCCUCCCCCACAAUUUGAAUGUAGCCUGCAGGCAAAAGCAUUUACAAUCCAGCAACAUUGAUCAAAUGUUUGGUAGUUUGUUUCAUGGACAUGGUGUGGGGUUAUUCUGUCCACGUCAAUACCUUUUUUCUUUUUUCUUUUUUUUUUUAAGGUGACGCCUGAUUAACACUGUCUGAAUCACCCCAUCUAAGCCCGCUGUGUCCAUCUGAAACAUAAAAUAAAUACAUCCUUUAAAAUACAGAAAAAUAUUUUGAUUUAAAAUAAGCACUUUACUGUACCAUAUGAAUGAUUGCAGUUCAUUCAAGCAACAGAAUUUUGUAUUGUUUUUCUAAAAAAAAAAUGCAAUAAAAUGCUUUGACCUACCCACA